AUGGAUCCGGCCCCGAACAAUCACCAAUAUAGCGGCGUUCUCAUCACGACAGACACCUCGGCACGAGAUCACAGUCCCCAAAUCGCGGCCGAUAGCGUUCAAGAUGCCAUCCUUAUCGAGCUCAAUGCCGUCAAGUAUGAGCUGGCGACCAUCAAACAGGAGCGCGAGCUAGAAAACAUUAGCUCCCGCGAGGAAAUACACACGUUGCAGAAAAAAGUCCAAGAGGAUGGUAAGCUUUUCGAGCAAGAGCGGAGCGAGAAGAAUUUUAUUUUCGAGCGACACCAGGCCCUUGCUUCCCAGCUCGAAUCUGUUUGUCAGGAAGCCACAAAUACAAAGGUAUCUCUUGAACGACAGCUUCGAGAUGUGGAGGCCGAGAACCUGGAUUUAAAGGAAUCAAGACACGACCUAGAGACCACACGUGAUACACUCCAAAGAAAGUAUCACUACGAGACGGAAGACCUUAGGACGCAAAUGAAUCUCAUCCGUGAGCAGGCUCACUCUCUUAGUUUAGAACUCGCAAGCCGGGAUAUCUUACUACAAGAAUAUCAAACCAAACUUCAUGAAAAGGAAGACGAAAUCCUUCAGUCCCGUGGGCAGGCCGAAAUCCCAAGAGAAGGGUUCGAGGGUGACGAAACCCUGAAAGUAUUGAAGAGGGAACUGGCCGACCAACUCAAGCAUACAAGGUCGAUUGAGGCAAGAAAUCGAAAACUAGAAGUCGAGAAUGAGGAACUCAGGUCGUACAACAAAAGCAUUUCUCUUAUGGAAGAAGAAAGGAGGUCUUUAAUCAGCAAGGUUCAGGCACUUGAUGGCUUGCGUGAAAAAGUCUCCAACCUCGAACUUCAAAAGGCGAUCUUAGAAGAAGAAAGGCUGAGCUGGACUGCUUUUUUGCAAGAUGACCCUGAUGGGAUCCAAUUUACCUCCCCAGCGCAUCUAGCCAGAGCGUAUAUCCAAACAAAGAUCGAGAAGAGUACCCUCCUGGAAAAGUUCGGACGCCCUGAUCCCCUAAUCGCAGAGCGUGACCAAGAAAUCAUAAAGCUAGUAGCUAUCCAAGCAAAACUGGAAGAAGAAAACCAAGGGAUGAAGCAAGUGUUAAAGAAAGACUUGAAAGAGAAACAGCGACUCGAAAGGCAGAAAGAUCUUGCGCUCAAAGAAGCAACAUUCCUACGGGAGCAACUAAAAACGUAUUCUACUGAAGAGGAAGUCAUGAUGGCUGGAAAUUAUGACGAUCAGAAAUCACAACGUAUUGAGGAGCUCGAGAGGCUUCUUGGGGAACAUAAGCUUGAAAUCAAUGCUCUUACAAGACAACUUGAGGAACGGGACAUUGCCCGGACUGCGGACCCCCAAAAGUUGGAGGAAGGCCUCGAUUACCAACGCAGCGUUGUCCAAUUCCAAGAGCGGGUCGAUACUCUACACAAAGAAUUGGAAACCUCUAAACAGGCUUACAAAAUUGCCACUAUUGAGAUCCAGGCGCUGCAGAAACAACUCAUGGCCAGUGAAGCAACAUCGAGGAUGAGGGUUUUACAGUUGAAAGAUAAUCCUGCCGCCCGCCAUGAAGUAACAAAAAAGGAAACUCUCCGAGUUCUCAGAGAAGAAAAUAAAGCUCUUUUAGCUCAACUCGAGGGCCAACCAGGAGGGACAAAGUUUGUGCCAAUAAGCACAUUAGAAAGAAGUAGGUUAGACGUUCAAGAGAUGGAAGCUUUGGUUGCAGAAAAGGAAAAACGGAUGACUAGGCUGAAGGAAAUAUGGUCAAAGAAGGCUCUAGAGUUCAGACAGGCGGUGUACAGUCUUCUAGGUUACGAGGUCGAUUUCCAACCUAACGGACGAGUAAAAGUCACAUCAAUGUUUCAUCGAUCAGAUCUUUAUGGGGGCGUAGACACAGGGAUAGUGUUUGAUGGUGAACAAGGUACCAUGAAGCUUUGUGGUGGCCCCAACAGCCAGUUCGCUCGGGAAAUUCGGAACCAAAUAAAGUUUUACGUUGAAGAGAGGAAAGAAAUACCUUGCUUCUUAGCCGCACUAACGAUGGAGGGCUACGAAAAGACAACCCGGGCUCAGCAGUGA